UGGUGUGAACACACGAGGAUGAGGGUGGACGAUGAAGGGCAGAAACACCUGAGCAGAAAUCCAGCUCACUUCAUCACAGGCUGUGCGAGGAGCGAUGGCAGAGAAGAAGAACCGGAUCGGUGCCUCCUGGGAGGACCUGGCUUUACCUGAGGAGUAUCCGGAGCCCUGCGUGGACAGAGACGGAGCUCAGGACGCUCAGGCUGCUGGACAAGAAGACCCCAAAGACAGAGCGAUGAAACGCAGCACCAAGCUGCUGGAGAUGCUGAGGGCCGCAGAGAACAGGUGGGACCGAGAGAAGACAGGAGCACCUGAAACUGGGACAAAAGACCAAAUCACAGAGGCUCUGAAGACUAACAUGCAAAUUCAGCUCAAUGACCAGAAACAAGAAUUCAACAAGCGUCCAACCAAAGCUGUCCCUCGCUCUCUGUCUCGGUCCAUCUCACAGACGUCUACAGACAGCUUCACUUCAGUGUGCAGUGAGAGCUCGGAGGAACUGUCUCCUCCAGACAAGCUGCAGAGCACCUCCAAAGGCCUGUCAGACUUCUGCAUUAAAAACAUCAGAAAGGCUGACUUUGGGCGAAAAGAAAUCGAGAUUGCACAACAAGAAAUGCCAGCGCUGAUGAUUCUGAGGAAAAACGCAGGAGGGGAGAAACCUCUGAAUGGAGCCAAAGUGGCGGGCUGCACUCACAUCACUGCACAGACGGCGGUGCUGAUCGAGACUCUGGCGGCGUUAGGAGCUCAGUGUCGAUGGGCCGCCUGCAACAUCUUCUCCACUCAGAACGCCGUGGCUGCAGCUCUGGCUGAAGGAGGAAUCUCAGUGUUUGCAUGGAAAGGAGAAUCAGAGGAUGACUUCUGGUGGUGCAUCGACCGAUGUGUGGCAGCCGACUCCUGGCAGCCCGACUUGAUUCUGGAUGAUGGUGGUGAUUUGACUCACUGGAUCUAUAAGAAAUAUCCAAAUCUGUUCAAGAACAUCAAAGGAAUCGUGGAGGAAAGUGUGACGGGCAUCUAUCGGUUGUACCAGCUGUCGAAGGCCAACAAACUCUGCGUUCCCGCCAUGAACGUCAACGACUCGGUGACCAAGCAGAAAUUCGACACCCUUUACUGCUGCAAGGAGUCCAUCUUGGAUGGGUUAAAGCGAACGACUGACAUCAUGUUUGGAGGAAAACAGGUGGUGGUGUGUGGAUACGGUGAGGUAGGGAAAGGCUGCUGUGCGGCUCUGAAAGGACUGGGUGCCAUCAUUUACGUCACAGAAGUGGAUCCUAUCUGCGCCCUGCAGGCCUGCAUGAACGGCCUCAGAGUGAUUACACUGCAUGAAAUGAUCAAACACGCCGACAUCAUCAUCUCCUGCACAGGCAACAAGAGCGUGAUCACGCGGGAGCACUUCGACCAGAUGAAAAACGGCUGCAUAGUUUGCAACAUGGGCCACUCGAAUACGGAGAUCGAUUUGUCGAGCCUGCGGACCGAGGAACUGAAAUGGCAGCGCGUGAGGCCUCAUGUGGACCACAUCCUCUGGCCUGAUGGCAAACGGGUUGUCCUGCUGGCUGAGGGUCGUUUGCUGAAUCUGAGCUGCUCUACCGUGCCUUCGUUCGUCCUCUCUGUUACAGCCACAACUCAGGCCCUGGCUCUAAUAGAGCUGUACAAUGCACCUCAGGGUCGAUACAAACAGGACAUUUACCUGCUGCCAAAGAAGAUGGAUGAAUAUGUAGCAAAUCUUCACCUGCCGAUGUUCGACGCUCAUCUAACUGAGCURACGGAUGAACAAGCUGUGUACCUGAACAUAAACAAACACGGGCCCUUCAAACCCAACUAUUACAGGUAUUGAUUGAAGUGACACAGAAGAAGACCCACCUGAGUUCAUAAGAUGGAGCAUCAGCGCCCCCUGCAGUCUGACCCGUCCCUGACUGAUGAAGACAACUGAUGAAGACAUCUGAUGAAGACAACUGAUGAAGACAACUGAUGAAGACAUCUGAUGAAGACAACUGAUGAAGACAACUGAUGAAGACAUCAAUGUGACUUAUCUUUUCAGCAGCAUUCAGAAUAUGAUCUCAUCUUUGGAAACAGAAAAAGCAUCUCACUCUGAACUUCCACAAUAAAUAAAUAAAUAAAUAAAUAAAUAAAUAAAUAAAUAAAUAAAUAAAUAAAUAAAUAAAUAAACUUUAACUCACCAUGAGGAAGACUGUUACUGAAGAUAAAAUGAAAACUUUUUUUGUUGUUUUGACAUGAAUUUCUUCAUCAGAUCAGACUUUGGAGGUUUUCCAAGCAAACAAGAAAGUCUUUAAAAUAACCUAACGUAAAGUAAUAGGUUGAAUUAGUAGGAAUGUUUUUGUACAUUCAUAAAAAAUAUUUACUUUAAUGCAAAAAUAGGUUCUGAUAAAAAUUUAGCACAAAUAAAGAUUAUAUCAUAAAUAAAUGCAUGCAGUUUUUAAUAGUCUUUGUUAUAUUGUCACAUUGUUUUUAGGUCAGUGUGUGUUUUUUUGUCUCCCACAUAAAAUAAAAAUGUUUAUAUAAAUGUGUUUAAGGUGUUCGUGUUAAAAAAUUAUUUAUACGGGCCAUAUAAUUUUAAAAAGAUGAUGAAAUACUAUUGAUAAUUGCAGGUGAGGAGAGUGUGUAACCCUGUUAAUUGUUAAUAAUGUUGAUGUGUUAAAUUUCAGAACAGGUAAAAAUGUAUUUUCCAUUCUCACUUGGAAUAAAAUAUAUUUAAGUUAUCAAUCA